AAGGACAACCUCCCGAGUCCCUUUUCCGCCCUACUCUGGAGCUCCAAUAGCGGGAACGACACACAUAUCUGCUCGGCCCGAAGAGUGUUCCGGAACCCUUGGUUAAUAACCGAGUUGUAACACCGGGAGUAAACGGACCGAGGAUAUUCGCGGCAAAAACAACAUCUCGCGAGACUUCAUGCAUGCGCUCUAUAAAGUGAGGAGGGGCCAAAGAGCAUGGAGUGAAUGAUCCCACAGGCAUAAUCACCCACUGGCGGACAAGAGAGGAUUUUGGAUAUACAGCCAUGGGGAUUAAAAGAAGAUCGACGAGCAGAGUGAUAGUGAUCCCUAAAGAUUUACCUGACGAGACGGACUCAUUAAAUUCGCUGACCUGGCUCAACGGCCUACUGAAGACCAACUUUCAGGAUGUGCAGCACAUUGGUUCAGGUGCUUGUCACUGCCAGAUGAUGUCUGGCAUCAUUCCAGGCUCAAUUGACAUGACCAAAGUGAGGUUUGAUGCACAAGCUAAAGAGGACUGCGAGCACAACUUUAAUCUCCUCCAGUAUGCCUUCACCAACAACAAUAUCUCAAAGACCAUUCCUGUUGCUGAACUCAUAAACGGGGAUUGUAAAACUAACUUUGAGUUCCUGAAGUGGUUCAAAUCCUUCUACACAAAAAAUGUGAAAGAUGAGGAGUAUGAUCCAGUGAAAGCUCGGAACAGCCAGGACAUCAUCCCUUAUCAACCAUCACAGCAAUCUCAAAACGGUACACCUAAACUGGACCAUAUCACUGAAGACUGUGGAGUCCUAAAAGUUGAGCAGCUGCACUUCAACGAGUUAGCCCUCAAAUUCAUUAAAAAAGUCUGUUGUCACCAAGGGUCACGACAUAUUGCAGACUCUAAACUGAGGCCGGAGUAUAUCAAACACAUUACAACACUUUGCAAGCAAACUCCAUACUGUAUUUACUUCUAUGAAAAUGUCCCACUUGAAAAGGAUGAGACUGUCUCUGUUGUUCUUGUUGGAUUUUUCGACGUGGAAGGCUCUCAGCACUACGUUAAAUUUCUGGACGCUGUAAAUUCCCCAGCUGAUGAGACAGGGGAGCAAACCGCCUCUGCGGUGGUGGAGACCUUGAAGAAAUUUGGCUUACCUAAAGACAUGUUAGUUGCUCUUUAUUUGGACCAUGAAGGUUCUGCUACAGAGCCACUCUGCUUGCAGCUCAGGGAGCUCAAUCCAAACAUAGUGGUAUUUGGAGAACUUUACAACAUUGUUGAUGCUGCUUGCCAUGCGGCUAUGAAGAAGCUCUCCAGUCCUGUUCUUGAGCUGAUUCUGGAAAUUCAUGCGCACUACAUAUCCUGCUCUGUAAAGGACAUUAACCUUCAAACACUUUUUGGCUCAGAUAUUAUAAAGGACGGUUCAUCAUCUGUGCUCAACACUAGCUGCCAUUAUGUCCAUCAGACAGUUGCCAAAAUGUUGGAAAUAUGGACAGAUGUCACUUUGUACUUCAGCUCAUGUGACACAAAGGACAGUAAAAUCAAAUUCAUCAACUCCCAACUAGAUGAUCCCAAAGUCAGGGCAACCUUCAUUUUCCUGGACAAGACCUUAAAGCCUCUGCACAAGUUCCAAACACAUCUUCAGGGAAUUAAGGGAAACAGCAGAGCUGACAUAAAGCUAAUCUCGGAGGAAGCCAGCAGCCUUUUGCGCACAUACACUGCCUCUUUCCUACACCCAGAAGCAGCAGCUAACAUCCUUAAAGAACACAAUGCUAAAAUACUACAGAAAAAGAAGUUUCACCUGUCCAGCCCAAAACUCAAUUUUGGUGGGAAAGCAGUUGAGGACUUAUUGGAAAAUUCUUCAGCGUGUGUGCAUUUCCAAAAGGAGGUGCUGUUGUUCUAUGUAGCUCUCACUGAAGCCCUUGUACAGGAGCUGCCUCUCAGUGAGGAGAUGUUCGGCUGCAUCGCUCAACUGCUGGACCACCAAAGCAAACUGACAGAAAAAUCACUGGAGAUGCUGGUGACACAAUUGGGAAUGUGUGACCAGAUGCCCAGGCAGCUUUUCAGUGAAUUCCUUGAUUAUCAGCAGGCUGAUGGAAUGCCACAGACAAAAGAUAUGGAACAUCGAAUGGACAAUUACUGGUCCAGCAUCCUGAAGCGAACCAACCCCAUCUCAGUAUUCAGAAAACUUGUGUUAACUUUGUUGUGCCUACCUUGUCCUCCCCUUGAUGCUCAGCUUGUCUUUAGACAGGCCUUUGACAUUGGAAAUAUGCCGUUGCUGUCUGAGAGUGAAGCUGUAUCACAGACCGAUUCUGGCCCCAUGUCAGACUGCACUGACAACCAGGACAAUUUUUUCAAAAAUAUCCCACCAGACCUCUAUAUGAGAUGCAUGCAGCCAUGUCAAGUCCAUCUAACAAAACUGAAAGAUCUAGACAACCUAUAUGAUGAUCUUCUUGAGGAGGACUGCCCUAGUGAAGAGGAAGAUGAGGAUUCUUUAGGUAAGAAAGAGACCAGAAGAAGCCUAAAAGGAUCUUACCAGGAUGGGAAGGGAUUUUUGACAGGAGAGCUUGUAUGGGGGAAACCGAAGGGUCUUUCUUGGUGGCCUGGUCUGGUGAUAUCUUGGAAAACCAGAUUUUCACCUCCAGGUUUGCGGAAGGUGGAAUGGUUUGGAGAUGGACACUUUUCAGAGACACCCACAGAAGAUUUGCUACCUUUUCGUGCCUUCUCUACGUGUUUCUGUAAAGACUCAUUUGCCAGCCUGCCUGCCUACAAGGAGGCCAUCUUCCAGGUCAUAGAGCUUGCAGGUGAACGCUGUGAGAAGUCCUUUGAAGAUGCAAAAGGAGAUAAAGAAACCGAACUGAAGCUAAUGGUGGAUUGGGCCUUUGAGGGAUUUUUGCCUUCUGGACCAGAAGGAUUUACGCCAAGUAGUAAGUAUCUUCAAGAUGUUGAACAAAUGGAUUCUGACUCCACUCUGUCUGACUACCAGCCACCAGUCAAAAAAAAAAAUGCUUCAAAAAAUAGACCAAGCACAUCCGACAUCAUCUAUAACCGUGAAUUGUUAGAUGAGCUACUUAACGAAAACGGCACAAAGAUUGAAGAGCUUUGUUUAACUUGUGGCACCCCUGAUAUUGAAGUGCAGCACCCAUUGUUUGAAGGCGGCCUUUGUUCCAGAUGCAAGGAGAACUUUACAGAGACACUGUAUCGCUACGAUGAAGACGGCUACCAGUCAUACUGCACCGUGUGCUGUUCAGGGAUGGAGGUUAUUCUUUGUGGCAACACCAGCUGCUGCAGAUGUUUCUGCAAAGACUGUAUGGAUAUCUUAAUCGCACCAGGCACCUUUGACAAAAUGAAAGUGAUUGACCCAUGGAACUGCUUCAUGUGCCAGCCGGAACAGUGCACCGGAAACCUUAAACUCAGACCAGACUGGCGGGUUAAGGUCCAAGACUUGUUUGCCAACAACAGUGCCAUGGAGUUUGAGCCUCACAGAGUUUACCCGUCUAUCCCAGCUGAUGAGCGCAGACCAUUGAAGGUUCUUUCACUCUUCGAUGGGAUUGCAACAGGCUACCUGGUGCUCAAAGAACUCGGCUUUAAGAUUGAACGCUACAUUGCCUCAGAAAUAUGUAAAGAUUCCAUCGUAGUGGGCAUGGUGAAGCAUGAGGGAAAGAUAGAAUAUGUUAAUGACGUACGCACCAUCACAAGAAAACAUCUGGCUGAAUGGGGCCCAUUUGACCUGCUGAUAGGAGGAAGUCCGUGCAAUGACCUCUCCAUGGUCAAUCCCAAUCGAAAAGGAUUGUUUGAGGGCACCGGAAGGCUAUUCUUUGAGUUCUACCGCAUCUUGACACUUUUAAAGCCAAAGGAGGAUGAGGAUCGUCCAUUCUUCUGGUUGUUUGAGAACGUGGUGUUUAUGUCAACCAGAGACAAGACAGACAUCUGUCGAUUCCUUGAGUGCAACCCAAUUCUUAUUGAUGCUGUGAAAGUCAGCCCGGCUCACAGAGCACGCCUCUUUUGGGGAAACCUCCCUGGCAUGAACAGACCCCUUGCUCUUUCUCUGUAUCACAAACCUUCUCUUCAGGAUUGUUUGGAACCUGGACGCACAGCAAAGUUGGAAAAAAUCAGAACCAUCACAACAAGUUCACACUCCCACAAGCAGAGGAAUGUCGGGCUUCCUGUCGUCAUGAAUGGCGAGGAGGACUACUUGUGGUGUACCGAAAUUGAACAGGUCUUUGGCUUCCCCAAACAUUACACGGAUGUGAACAACAUGGGCCGCUCUCACCGCCGGAAGCUCCUUGGUAAAUCAUGGAGCGUCCCCGUCGUCCGCCACUUCCUCGCACCACUUAAGGAUUAUUUUGAAUGUGAACAGUAGCAAUGAAGUCGGUAGACCUGCAGGCACAUUCUCCCUGAACUUUUUGAUAUUUUAUUUGUAUUUUUUGCAUAAGAACAAACACAUUUUUUACUGCUUUUGAAAACACUGAGAGGGAAGUUUCUUUUUUUCAAUAACACGGUAAUCUAUAGUAUAUAGUGGCCUGUAUCAACAAGCAAACCGGUGUCUUUGGGCUCCGUGCUUUCUAAAUCGACAGUUAGGGACGAUAACAGCAGCCUCCUAAAUGUUUACACCACUGUGCACUUUGUUUAUUACCUCAGUAAAAUAGGAGUGCAACCUCUAGGUCAAUGGCAGCUGUAAUCAUUAUUUUUAUACUGAUAUAUGGACCCAUAUCUCGCUGUUUCCUCACAGCACAGCUUCAUCGGGCCAACCUGUUCUCAAGCUAGGUACAGAUCCAAUAAAGGAUUUCAUGAAUAUGCCAAUCCAUACAAGCAAACUAACAAAUAGGAUUUGUACAUCAGUAAAUAAAAUAAGUAUGAUAUUACCUACAGAUUGUGUAGGUUGACCUCUUUUUUUAAGACAUAAACAGUCCAGAAUUGUAUAGUAAGUUUCUUGUAACAGGAACAGAACAUAAAAAAAUAACAUUAAAGAUCAUAAAUUAUUUUUUAUUACAUUUUUGGGAAACAAGAAGAAAAUGUGCUGUUUAUUUCAACUAUAUUUCCUAAAAUACAUAUUGAGGCUAUAUAUUUGUUUUAUCCAAUUACUCAAUCGAACAAACUCAGCGAUAGAUUACGUGAUUAUAAAAAAUAAAUAACUGCAACGCUAAUUUAAUUUUGCUCAAAUACACAACCCAAGAUAUCAUUUGCUUCUUAAAACAGGCCCUAAAACUCUACCUCAAAUGUAUUUUCUACUUUUUAAAAUGUGGUUACCCUUUUUUAUGGGUUCAAUUUCUUUUAAAUAUUAAUUAUUUUUCCCACAUAAAAAACAGUUGUUACCUGCCAUGGUUGUCUUGAAAAUGCAAUCCGCUUGUGCUGGAUUUAGGACAAAUCCUCUGCAUUUAUUAUGAUUCUUUGAAUCUUGAUUUUUAAAACAUCUUUAGGGUCAAGAAUUUUAAAAUUAAUUAAGACUUCAAGUGUAUGUAUGUAUGUAUGUAUGUAUCUUAUGUGGGUUCUUCCGAGGAUGUUGUAGUCGUAAUGGUUUGUACAGUCCUUUUAGACAUUUGUGAUUUAGGGCUAUAUAAAUAAACAUUGAUUGAUUGAUUGAUUACUAGGUUUUAAUGUGACAGGAAGUUUACAAAAGAUUGCUGCCUUGAUUAAUACUGAAUGACUUUCUGUGUCUAUAUGAGCCUAUCCCAGAAGACUUCCGGCAAGUACAUCUUAGGAUUGGUCGCCUGCCAAUUGCAAGGCACAUAUAGACCAACAUUCAUUCAUAUUCAGGUCUAUGGACAAUUUUAGAGUGUCUAAUUAGCUUAGCAUGCAUAUUUUUGGAAUGUGGGAGGAAGUUGGAGUACCUGGAGAAAAUUCACACAUGUACAGGGAGAACAUGCAAACUCCACACAAAGUUGCCCAAUGGGAGAUUGGAACUUAGAUCUCCUGACUGCACGUCCUACAUGCUAACUACUAGGUCACCAUGCGGCCUGUUUAUUCCCUCCGGUGCUGUUUUAAUGGUGCAAAAUAACUGUACACGUCUUUUUUAUUGUUAAGAGGAGGAUAGCUUUUAAACAGUGUGUAUUUUUAAGAUGACCAUGCAUUCUUAGACUCUCUGUAAUACUAAUGAGAUGCUUUGUGUUUUUUCAAUGACAACGACAAAUGAUAAUGAAUUAAACCAGUAUUAGUUUAUUGAAGAAA